AUGGCUCUCGAAUAUAUCGAUCAAAAGAUUAAAAAUGGUGAUAUUACUUUUUUUGAAUACGAGGAAUUCAGUAAAGUGGAGAAAGUUUGUAAAGGAGGAUUUGGAAUUAUAAAAAGUGCUGAUUGGGAGAAUCGUGGGAUUAAAGUAGCGUUAAAAACUCUGAAAAAUAAACCUUCGAUCAAUGAGGAUAGUAUGAACAGAUUUCUUAAAGAGUUAAAAAACUUGAGAAAAGUUAGUUCACAUCCCAAUAUCAACAGAUUUUUCGGAAUUACAAAAGGUUGA